GGAGGUUCUUGGAACAUCCACUCUUUAAACCAGAGCGUCUGCUGUUGCUUUUCCCAAUCCCUGAACCUACUGUUAUGCUCGUGGAAGGAGGCGGGAGAAAAGAGUUGGGGGCGCGGCCAAGAGACCAAACUGCACCUCUCAGAUCCAAAGCUCUGUUCCUUGACGUCACAGAGACUUCUCUGUCAGCCUCCAGGAGGGCAAACUCUCUCACUCUCCCUUUCUCUGUCCUAUCUCUCACUCACACACCGAGAGCGAGAAGCAAAGCAAAACAGCUACGACCACUUUGAGCUCAGGCUCGCGUUACCUCCUGCUCACAUACUGAAUCAGCAAGACAGGCAGCCUCAGAACCGUCAGCAGGAGCUUCAGACGACUUUUGUGAGAACAGUCCCCAUGCAAAGAGACCUUCUGCAUCUCUAACUUGCCCAGGCUACAGCUCCGGGCCAGUAUGAACGUGAGUGCCAUCUCCCUAAAUGACACCCGGUCGGUGGAUGCAACAACGGUUGCUGCGGAAGGAGCAGCGACAGCUGCAGCAUCUGACCCAACUCGCUGGUUGCCCCCCGGGAGCGCAGCGCUGGGCAGUGGCACUAAUGGGUCCCUGGAGCUCUCAUCGCAGUUGCCCGCGGGGUCACCUGGGCUACUCUUGUCGGCCAUCAACCCUUGGGAUGUGAUGCUGUGCGUGUCUGGCACUGUGAUCGCUGGCGAGAAUGCACUGGUGGUAGCCAUUAUCUCCUCCACUCCAGCGCUGCGCACUCCGAUGUUCGUGCUGGUGGGGAGCCUGGCCACCGCUGACCUGCUGGCGGGCUGUGGGCUCAUUCUCAACUUCGUGUUUCAGUAUGUGAUUCCUUCUGAGACCGUUAGCCUGCUCACUGUGGGUUUCCUCGUGUCCUCCUUCACUGCCUCAGUCAGCAGCCUAUUGGCCAUCACUGUAGACCGCUACCUGUCGCUCUAUAACGCUCUCACUUACUACUCUGAGCGGACCCUCCUAUGUGUCCAUCUCAUGCUGGCAGUGACCUGGGGGGUGUCACUGUGCCUGGGGCUCCUGCCGGUGCUUGGCUGGAACUGCCUGGCUGAUCGUGCUUCCUGCAGUGUGGUCCGACCACUCACUCGCAGCCACGUGGCACUGCUGUCCACCUCCUUCUUCGUGGUCUUCGCCAUCAUGCUGCACCUUUACGCUCGCAUCUGCAAGGUGGUUUGCCGCCACGCUCACCAGAUCGCUCUGCAGCAGCAUUUCCUGGCCCCUCCUCAUUACGUAGCCACCAGAAAGGGAGUCAGCACUCUGGCCAUAGUCCUUGGGACUUUUGGAGCCAGCUGGCUUCCUUUUGCCAUCUACUGCGUGGUGGGCAGUCAUGAAUACCCUUCCGUGUACACUUAUGCCACCUUGCUCCCUGCCACCUACAACUCCAUGAUUAAUCCCAUCAUCUAUGCCUACAGGAACCAGGAGAUCCAGAGGUCCAUGUGGCUCCUGUUCUGUGGUUGUUUCCAGUCCAAAGUGCACUUCCGCUCUAGGUCCCCCAGUGACGUGUGAAAGAACCCUCUCUCCUUCCUCCCAGCCCUACACAAAUGGACAAUAUUGGUGAACUACACAGUGCCUGUUGAUGAAUUUCUAGACCCAUUAGUGUGAAAGUCUAUGAAAAAAAUUUCAAAACCUAAACCAACACAAAAGCUCACCAAGAAAACAUGCUUCAGGUUAGCACUUUAUAUAUACAGUGUAUAUAUUCGUGUAGAUAUAUAUACAAAUAUUUGUAUCUUCUGAAAGUCUUCAGGGUAUUGAGCUUACAAUUCUGUGAAAAAAUGUGGUUGUAUACCAAAAUUGUACAUCACAUUUGUGAAGUGAAGAUAUUCCAAAACUGCUUAAUUAUAGCACUUUAUUUUCUAGCUGCUGAACUGCCAAAACAGUGUUGCUAUGUUUGAAAGCAGGGGAAAGUAAAAUGUUGUAUUUUUGUUGUAUGUGAUAGUAUAUUUUGCUGCACACACAUCGAUAAAUUACAACAUAUUUUGUACACAAAUAAAUACAUCAAAUGUGUAUUUGUGUAUGCGUCUAAUUGCAAACCCAACAUUUAAAAUCUGAUUCAUUAAAGUAUUUUGAAAAGCUU